CCCCUACUAGGUUUGCUCACGGACUGGGUACGAGUCUAGAUCCGGGGUCUCUGCAUGUUGCUUUUCUGUUUGUCUUUGUCAGGGUGUCUCAACGUGCAUAUUUGCGUGCUUUGCUGACCACCCGUGUUGCUUCUCCGUGGGUUGCACGAAACCGGCGAAUUUUGAGCUUUCCAGGAUGCUAAAACUACAUCAGCGCGAGGCUUUCAUUGAAUUUCAGAGCGAAAGGACGUUUACCAUUGUCGAUCCAUAUGGUUUGAUUUAUAAGGUUGGGGCACUCGAUCAUUUUGUUCCGGUACGCAGGCUUCGACUGCCUGUGGAACACGAUUUUCUACUUGUCCUUCACACCGGUUGGGCGAACUGCGUCACAUUUUCUACCGUGUUGUCUACUUUUCCUGUCUCCACCGCUUUCAUCUCGAGGUACAAAUACAUUCCUCCAGUAUUUGGACGGCGACAUGGUCUGGAGCAAAAGCAGAGCUUCUUGUGGAGUAUCCCCAACUACACCAUAUACCGCAGUUCUAUGAUCGGUACGUGGAACUGGACGUCUGUUGCGUCUACCAUCGUACCACCUUGGUUAUGUUCCCUACUAGGAUGUCGCUUUGGGGGGACUCGGGGAGCGUGCCCUUUGCGUCUUGGUAGCUCUUAUAUUGAAAUGCGUGGAUGGUUUAGGCAGAUUUCCUUCUAUUGGUUCAAGUCCUGCUGGGAACCUCCGAUCUUCUUCCGCGCUCACUCCUGGGUCAGAGGUACAAAUGUGUCCUCGCAGCCAUAGGCGAAGAUAUUUGAGAUACAGAAUAUACUUUGUUAAGCCCUAGCUUGCCAGCGCCCGAGCAAGGGAUUGUGUCGGCUAAAUUCACAUGUGCUUGUAUUCUCUCCAGCGUUUUAAGUGGACACGAACAUGCGCGACGAGAGCCUGGAUUCGUGCCGUCACGCGAUCAUUGAGAGGAUAGGAGAUGGAAUACCGCUCCCAUUCCCCGGCAUUGCCGCUCGUGUUCGCGUGUUCAUACCGUGUCGUAGCCAUGGGCAAGCCUGACAUCCACCCUUCCCGCGAUCGGUAGGCAGGGGUCCAGCCUCUGCAGGAUACAUUCGCAUAUACAUGCGAUCGGAGCGGUUGCACACGAAUCUUCGAC